UUGGUGUUCCUUUGACUAAGAAGAAAACAAAAUUAGAAGAACCACGGCUUUUCGAAGAAGAAGAAGAAGAAGAAGAACGCUGGCGCUGGCGCUGUAGAGAGAAUUGUUGUUGUAAACUUAGAAAUAAGAAAUUGUUGUUGUUGCAAAGUAGAAAGAUAUGAUGAAUAGUAACAGUAGCGAGGUAGUUGUUGUUGAAAGAAAAAGAAUUGAAAUUGGGAAAGCGAUUAUUGCGUUGGUAUGCGGCACACUUGUUUACUAUCAUUGCGCUUUCAAGAAUUCUGCUAUUGUUUCUCUUUUCUCUGAUGUCUUCAUUGUUCUUCUUUGUUCUCUUGCCAUUCUUGGUCUUCUCUUCCGUCAAAUGACAAUCCAAGUUCCUGUUGAUCCUCUUGAGUGGCAAAUUUCUCAAGAUACAGCUAAUACUAUUGUUGCUUCUUUCGCCAAUACUGUCGGUGCCGCUGAAUCUGUUUUGAGGGUUGCUGCUACUGGUCAUGACAAGAGACUCUUUUUUAAGGUCAUUCUUUGCCUUUAUGCAUUAUCUGCUCUUGGAAGACUGGCUUUGGGUAUUACUAUCGCCUAUGCUGGAUUGUGCUUGUUUUGUCUUUACAUGUUCGCGGAAUGUUCUCAAUCAAUCAGCUCGUGUCUAGCUUGGUUCUUGGGAAGAAGGAAUGAUACUGGUGAAGAACAAGACACAAUCAUGUAACCUGUUCAUUUUGUACAUUUUUUUCUCUCAUGGUUAGGGUGAUUCUGUUGUUAUAUUAAAAUAAAGCUUGUGAAUAAUAUUGUGAAUAUAGCAUUCCAAAAGAAACUAUUAGGAGUAAACUUCCAUUUUAAUAUCAAGGUUUUCAGAGAAUGAAUUGGUGGUCAUCAAAAGAUUGUUACAUUUUAUAUAGUCAAUUGAGUCUUACUAUUUCAAAAGAUACAAUUUAUUACAACCAAA